AUGUCCUGGCUCGGAGCUCGCGCACUCAAGAAGUACCCCACGCCCGUCCUUAAGCCGAUGGCGCCUUUCUUCGCUGCCGGUCUGGUCAUUGCCUACGGCAUCAACUCUGCUCAGAACGCAAUGAUGAAGUCCGACGAGUGGAAGAACGAUGCACGCAACCCCCUCGCCAAGAAGCAUUAA